AUGAGUCUCUCUCCGGCUGCUGCUCUGGAUCCAAGUCUGGCUGGUAGUCUGGGUCUUCUAUAUCUGGCUGUGGUGGCUAGUGGGCUUUCCUUGCUCUGGUCUGCCUCUGCCUCUGGCUCUGGGCUGGAGUCUGUCAGAUGCAGGCUCCAGGGCACCCCUCGUCCUCCGGCGUUCUCCCAGGACGGGGACUUUGUCAUCGGGGGUGUUUUCUCCAUCCACUACGACAUGAACACUGUGGAACACAGCUACACCAGCCUGCCUGAACCCCGGCAGUGCACACAGCCACAGGGACUUAUGGAUUCCCGUGAGUUGCGCUUCUCGCGCGCCAUGGUCUUCGCAGUUGAGGAAAUAAACAACAGUUCGGACCUGCUACCGGGUGUCACGCUUGGUUAUCAAGUGCACGACUCAUGCUCCUCAGUCCUGAUGGCCGUGAAAGUGGCCUUCCAGCUGGCUAACGGCCUGGACCCCAUGUUUGAUACCGGAGAACAGUGCUCGGGGUCGGCUACGGUGACAGCUAUUGUGGGCGAGUCUGCCUCCACACCUACCAUCAGCAUGUUGCGCAUCAUCGGCCCUUUUGGCAUUCCUCAGGUGAGCCACUCAUCCACCUGUGCGUGUCUGAGUGAUAAGAAACAGUUUCCAACCUUCUUCAGAACCAUCCCCAGUGACCAGUUCCAGGCUGCCGCUCUGGCCCGCCUCAUCAGAUACUUCGGCUGGACCUGGAUUGGGGCGGUCCGUUCCGACUCCGACUACGGUAAUAACGGGAUGGCGGCGUUCCUACAGGAGGCACAAGAGCAGGGCAUGUGUGUGGAGUACUCUGAAGCCUUCUACCGUACCAACCCACUCAGCAGAGUGCAACGGGUGGCCGACGUGAUCCGCAGCUCCACAGCCCGGGUGGUGGUUGCAUUCGUAGUCCUGGAGAGAUUGAGGAGGGUAAACUUCUCCCGUAACGGGUACCAGGUGUCUUUCGAUGCCAACGGGGACCCAGUGGCCACCUAUGAGCUGGUCAACUGGCAGAUAGGGGAGAGUGGGAAGAUGAAAUUUGUGACAGUGGGGCGCUAUGAUGCAUCCCUGCCCCCUGACCAGAGGUUUCACAUCGAGAGGGAAAUCCCCUGGGUAAAGAACAGUACACAGGUGCUUGUGUCAGUGUGCAGUGAGAGCUGUCCCCCAGGCACUCGUAAGGCUGCACAGAAAGGAAAGCCUGUCUGCUGUUAUGACUGUAUCCCAUGUGCAGAGGGAGAGAUCAGCAAUAACACAGAUUCUUCAGACUGUCUGAUCUGUCCUGAGGACCACUGGCCCAACACUGAGAGAGACCGCUGCGUCCUCAAGCCUGUGGAGUUCCUGUCCUUCCACGAGGUUCUCGGAAUAAUCCUGACUGCCUUCUCUGUGGGCGGGGCUUGUCUGGCCAUCUCCACGGCAACCGUCUUCUACCGCCACCGAACUUCGGCCAUCGUCAGGGCCAACAACUCUGAGCUGAGCUUCCUGCUGCUCUUCUCCUUGACUCUGUGUUUUCUGUGUUCUCUUACUUUCAUUGGCCGGCCCUCUGAGUGGUCCUGUAUGCUGCGCCACACAGCGUUUGGGAUCACCUUCAUCCUCUGCAUCUCUUGUGUUCUGGGGAAAACAAUAGUGGUGUUGAUGGCCUUCAGGGCUACAAUUCCAGACAGUAAUGUCAUGAAAUGGUUUGGGCCUCCACAGCAGAGAUUGACUGUAGUGUCCUUCACGUUUGUCCAGGCUUUGAUAUGCACUCUGUGGUUGGUCCUGUCCCCUCCCUUCCCCAUUAAAAACCUCACUACCUACAAGCAAAGGAUCAUUCUAGAGUGUGAUGUGGGUUCAGCCAUUGGUUUCUGGGCUGUGUUGGGGUAUAUAGGACUCCUGGCUCUCUUGUGCUUUGUGCUGGCUUUUCUGGCUCGAAAGCUGCCUGAUAACUUCAAUGAGGCCAAAUUCAUCACCUUCAGCAUGCUCAUAUUCUGUGCAGUCUGGAUCACCUUUAUCCCAGCUUAUGUCAGCUCUCCUGGGAAGUUCACUGUAGCUGUGGAGAUAUUUGCUAUCAUCGCCUCUAGCUUUGGGUUAUUCUUUUUAUUAUUUGUUCCAAAAUGCUUUAUUAUUCUGUUCAGGCCGGAGAAGAACACCAAGAAAAACCUUAUGGGGAAGAACACAUUGUAACAUUCAGUGAUAUGGUAUAUCAUACAGUUAGGUAGCACGACUCUGACAUAGAUUACCAAGAAUUUAGCAGAUAAUCAUUGGUAACAUUGUAACUAGAAACAUGACACAGGGUCACUUUGGAUAUUGCAAUGUUUUGAGUUAUUGUUCAAAUCUAGAGUGUUCAAUCUAAUUUGACCAGCUAAAUGAUGUGGUUAGCAGUAGCCUACAGAGUGGAACCACUUCCAUGUUGUUUGUAAAAAAAUAUGUAUUCCUUUAUGAUUUGAUAUAACAUUGAAGUGCAUGUGUUCAAUUGCUAUUUUAAUUCAUCAUAUGAUGUAUUA